AUGGACCAGCACCGCGCGAUCGCCCACCCCAGGACGAGCCACUAUAUUCUCUUCCCUCCGAUUGCGCUGGCGCUGACGCUGCACGGGCGGGGUUCCCCGGAGAACCCGGCCGCGUGCAUGCGGCUCGUCCCUCCGAUCGGCGAGCCGUACUUCGACACCCAGAUCCUAACAGGCUUUCGAUCGGUCUUCACAGACCCGGUAAAGGCAGAAGGUCUGGAUCUGCAUCCCAGACCCGCGACGGAGAGACUGGACUCUUCGUCCUCAGGUGACAGUACUGCGCAGACGAACCCGACUACCCCUGGUGGCUCCAGUGCUGACGAGAGCUCGCCUUCCACCGCAAGUUUUCUAUUAGAAGAGUGCGAUCAGGCAAUUGACCAAGACUUGGCUGCCGGAACAGAUUCUUAUCCGACCAAGGUGGAUACUGGAUCUCUGUCGCCGUUCGCUCGCACCGGAGAGCAGAUCGCCACUCUCCUCGCCGUGGAAGCCGACGAGAUUAAGCUCGAUGCCCCGGUCGCAGCCCUGGGGGUAAAUACCCUGAUCGCCACAGCCCUCCGCAAGUGGCUGGCGACAGGCAAAGGUGCGACAGGCCCAAUUCCAGUCUCUGAAGGCGGAGUCUACGGCGGACGAUUGCCGCCAUCGAGCAAAUAG